AUGGACGGUAACAAAUCUACAACCUUGACUGUCCUAGGCUGUGGAAAUCUAGGACUUGCAAUCCUGAGCGGCAUACUUGACAGUAUCUCGAAAAGCGCACACCAAUCUGGAGGGUCUAACGGCAACAAUGAUCUUUUCCAAACACCUACGAGAUUUGUCGCCUGUGUGCAGCGGUCACAGAGCGCCGAGAGGAUACGGAAAGCUGUAGCAGAAAUCCCAUCAGCCACAGAAAACGUGGAAGUAUUUCAGAAGGAAAACCUUCGAGGUGUACAGCAGGCCGACGUGGUCAUUUUGGGCUGCAAGCCGUAUAUGGUUGCAAAUGUGCUUGGAGAGGAGGGCAUGCAAGAAGCUCUAGCUGGAAAACUCUUGAUCUCAAUCUGCGCGGGUGUUCCAGUCGACCAGAUCAGCCAGGCACUAUAUGGGACACCAUACGCCGAGGCCAUGUCCAAGGGGUCUAGUCAACCACAGAAACCAUGUACAAUUUGUCGUGUCAUGCCUAACACAGCAGCUCUAUCAUUGCGACCUCGAAUCCUCCAUUACCACAACAUUAUCAAGCCUUGA